CGCCCCAACCUGGGGGCGUCGCGGGCCGCCUACGGCUCCACGGUGCUGAGCUCCGCCGAGAGCCUGGACGUCAGCCAGUCCUCGCUGCUGAACGGCGCGGCGGAGCUGAAGCUGAGCCGCUCCAACGAGAAGGAGCAGUUGCAGGGGCUGAACGAUCGUUUCGCCGGCUACAUCGAGAAGGGGCACUACCUCGAGCAGCAGAACAAGGAGAUCGAGGCGGCGCUGGCGGCCCCUCGGCAGAGGGCGUCCCACGCCACGGUGGAGAGGAAGGACUACCUGAAGACCGACCUCACCACGGCGCUGAAGGAGAUCCGCGCCCAGCUGGAGUGCCAGUCCGACCACAACAUGCACCAGGCCGAGGAGUGGUUCAAGUGCCGCUACGCCAAGCUGACGGAGGCUGCCGAGCAGAACAAGGAGGCUAUCCGCUCCGCCAAGGAGGAGAUCGCCGAGUACCGCCGGCAGCUGCAGUCCAAGAGCAUCGAGCUGGAGUCGGUGCGCGGCACCAAGGAAUCGCUGGAGCGGCAGCUCAGCGACAUCGAGGAAC